UCUUCCGGCUCGCCCAUCUCGCCCCCGCCCGAGGCAUCCCAUAACCGAGGGAACCAGGGAGCUCCGGCCGCCUCCGAUCCGGAGCUCCCAAAUCGAUACCCAUCGGUCGUUCAACCGCCACGGCAAUGGAAGCCCACCACGCAUCGCGGGGCCGCCGUACCCUGGAAGAGAUCCGGCAGAAGAGAGCCGCCGAGAGGAUGCAACAGGCCCCGCCGACCGCGGCGUCUCACGUCGACCCUUACGGGAACCAAAGAGCCGGAGCUGAGCUUCUUGCUCGAGUUCAAGAACUUGAAAAUGGAAAUGUGGAAUUGGAGAGGGAAAACAAAAUGCUCUUGUCCAAGAUUGCUGAGAAGGAAGUUGAGAAGGAUGCCCUUGUAAACCGUUUGAAUGAUCUCGAGCGGAACGUAGUGCCCUCUCUGAGAAAAACUUUGAAUGACAUUUCUUUGGAGAAAGAUGCUGCAGUAGUUGCUAAGGAGGAUGCUCUAGCUCAACUCAGGAGCAUGAAGAAACAGCUGAAGGAAGCAGAAGAGGAGCAGUAUAGGGCAGAACAAGACUCGGCCUCCUUGAGAGCACAGCUAAAUACCCUGCAGCAGCAAGUAAUGGGCAACUCUUAUAGUGGAUUUCCAAUGGGAACAUCGAGUGAGGAAUCUCAUGCCAUGGAAAAGGAGAUACAAGAUUUACAGGCACAGCUAAAGCAAGAGUCAUUGCUAAGGCAGCAGGAGCAGCAAAAAUUAGCUGAAGAGUCCCAACUGAGGCAACUAGAGCAAGAAAAACUGGCCGAAGAGCAAUCCCGCUUUGCUUCUCUGGAGGCUGAAAAGCAACAGUUGGAAGACCAAAUUGCUGUGUUGACAAAGAAAGCUACAGAGGACGCUUCUGAGUUUGCUGCACGCAAGGCAUUUUCAAUGCAAGAUAGGGAAAAACUUGAAAACCAGUUGCAUGAUAUGGCUUUGAUGGUUGAGAGGCUAGAGGGAAGUCGUCAAAAACUGUUAAUGGAGAUUGAUUCUCAAUCAUCAGAAAUAGAAAAACUGUUUGAGGAGAACUCAGCCUUGUCUACUUCUUAUCAAGAAGCCAUAGCUGUUACAGUGCAAUGGGAAAACCAGGUUAGAGAUUGUUUGAAGCAAAAUGAAGAGCUUCGUUCUCACUUGGAGAAACUAAGACUUGAGCAAGCUAGCCUGUUGAAAGUAAGCAAUAUCAAUACCCAAUCAGACAACAGCAUCUCAAACUCACCGGAAUUGGUCACUGAGAAUCUUUCUCUAAAGGACCAGCUUAUUAAAGAACAGAGCAGAUCUGAGGGGUUGUCGGCAGAGAUAAUGAAACUUUCAGCUGAGCUUAGAAAAGCAGUCCAAGCACAGAAUAACCUCACACGACUAUACAGACCUGUAUUAAGAGACAUUGAGAGCAAUCUAAUGAAAAUGAAACAAGAAACAUAUGCAACGAUCCAGUAAUACAUAUUGUCGUAUCACUGAGGUAUGGGCACAGGCUUCACCGAUGACUCAAUUAUAGGCGUUCUGGACGUGUUGGUCUCGUGCCCUUCUCCAAGAUGCUGGCGCAAGGCAGUUCGUUUGGUAGCUACUGUUCGUUCGUAGAUUUCAGUCAGGAUGUUGUAUCUGCACCAUACUUGUUGUAUACUUGUAUACUUGGUUCCCACACUGAUUUAUCUUGUAAAUUGGGAGCGAUUACAAUAGAAAAGAAGGGAUCAGAUCCACAGCUUAUCAUGGCCA